GGGGACUGCACCCGGAAGUAAAUGUUUGCGACUGUAAGAACUCAAGCGAUCUUGCAGGAUAUUAAUUACCUGUAAAUAAGUGCAGGAGAUUGUGACCAGUUUCCCCGCGACCCUCCUUCAGCGCUGCUGCCUGUACUGUGCACAGGAGAGUGUAUACAUCUACACAGGGGAGGAGAGCUGUCUGUCUGACUGCAGGGGAAUUCUCUCUCGUGGCUGUGCUGGCUCACUGAUUGCAGCUAAGAAAGUCGUUCUGUACAUUUUCAUCAGCUAAGAAAGUGGCGCCAGGCGACGGGCGAGGGAGCAGCACCAUGCCGGAGUACAGUGAUGUGAGUCUGACUCCGGAGGAGCGGGUCCGAGCCCUCACGGAGAUGGGAAGCUCUGUGCCAGUGAAUGAAGACGUGCCCCCGCGCAGAUACUUCCGCUCGGGCAUGGAGAUCAUCCGCAUGGCCAACAUCUACACGGAGGAGGGGAACAUGGAGCACGCCUUCAUCCUCUACAACAAGUACAUCACGCUCUUCAUUGAAAAGCUUCCCAAACAUCGAGAUUACAAAACCGCCAACAUUCCUGAAAAAAAGGAGACCAUGAAGAAGCUGAAAGAGAUUGCGUUCCCUCAGGCUGAGGCGCUGAAGAAAGAGCUGCUGAAGAGAUACGUAAAGGAGCACACUGAGUACCUGCAGAGCAAGAGUGCGGAGAUGGCCGAGCUGGCUCGGGAGCAGUCCCGUCAGAAGGAGUUGGAGACGGAGAGGCAGCGCGUGGAGGAGCAGCGGCGCAGGCAGCAGGAGCAGGAGCAGUUCAAUGCCUUCGAGGAGAUGAUCCGCCGCCAGGAGCUGGAGAAGGAGAGGCUGAGGAUCCAGCAAGAGUUCAGCACCGCCCCUCCCUCCGAGACCCCCCUCCUCCCUGGAAUACAGGGCCCUCCACUGCCCCCCUCUGCAACCCCCACCCCGCCUCCGAGCACCGCAGCCACACACCCUCCCGGACCCACGCCCUCCGUCGACCGCUCGCUCAAACCGGGCUCGCUCGUCAGCCCUGGGAGAAGUGUGAUGGUGGAGGGGCUGCAGCCCCUGGUGGUUCCCCGGGAGCUGUGCAGCAAGUUCAUGAAGCUGGCUGAGGCCAACACUGCCCGAGCCGUGGAGACGUGCGGCAUUCUCUGUGGAAAACUGACGCGCAGUGAGUUCACGAUCACCCACGUGAUCGUGCCGAAGCAGAGGGGCGGGCCGGAUUCCUGCGACACGGAGAACGAGGAGGAACUCUUCAUCAUCCAGGACGAGCUGAGCCUCAUCACUCUGGGCUGGAUUCACACACACCCGACACAGACAGCCUUCCUGUCCAGUGUGGACAUGCACACACAGUGCUCCUACCAGAUGAUGCUGCCGGAGUCCAUAGCCAUCGUCAUCUCGCCCAAAUUCAACGAGACUGGCUACUUCAAGCUGACUGAGCACGGUAUGGAGGAGAUCUCAUCCUGCAAACAGAAGGGCUUUCACCCGCACCCCAAGGAGCCCCCACUCUUCACUUCUUGUGGGCACCUCACCAUCAGUGACAGCAGUGUGACGGUGAUGGACCUGCGGUGAGCCACCCCUCUGUUUCCUGUGAAAAUCGCCAAGUAACUUCUGAGAGGUCUUGAGAAGGAGCUGCUUUUCAAAGAGCAGACCCUGUGACAGCAGCCUACAGUAACAGAGCCUCACAUUAGCAAUUGUCUUUUUAUAUAGAACGCCUUCUCCAGUUUAAAGCACUUUGCGUAAUUAAUGACGUUGUCUCUGGACUAAAGGACAGGAUUCCCAUAUUUGGAAUACAUUACUCUUUCAACUAAACAGUACUCUUCUAGCAGUAAAGGAAAGACUGCAUUCCAGUCAGCGACUGUCAAAUGCCAGUAUUGUUAUGCCCGUUUGUAUUUAUUUCUGAGUAUAAGACACUGAAACCUAGGAAGGUGUUUCUGUGGUGCUGAGAGAGUUGUCAUUAUAAUCUCUGUCUCUGCCAGACACGCUUACUCUACAGCUCUGGACAAAUGUUUUGCAUCACCCUCCAAAUAUAAUGAACAAAUUCUGCUUCAUAAAGUCGAAUGAAACCUGCCGAAUAACGUUAUGUUAACAUACUGAAUUACCUGCUGCCGCUUUGUAGCGUUCCCAGAUACUUAACGAAAAACGCACAACAUAUUGACCAUUUUCAACCCUAACAUGAAACAGUGUGCUACUAUUACAGCAUCUGGUCGACUUUUACGAUGUCAUUUUGCAGUUUGAUUACGUGAUGUUUUUUUUUUUUUUUUUUUUUUGACUCAAUCCUAAAAUUCUAGGUGAUGCA